GUCGGUUUUCUAUACCCAUUCUUUCCCUGAAUUAUUUCUCCUGAAAGCCUAAGCCAUCGAUACUCUCUUCGAAUAAUCAUCUUCUUCGAUAAUUUGAUAUUUUCUUCUAUUCCUUGGCUUCUGAAGUAGUCUUUUUAGUGCCUCGGUUCCUCAACAUCUUUUUGCUUCAUCUUCAAUAAUGGCUGCAAGGAUACUUGCCAACUUGAUAGUGAUGGGCUCUGGAAUAAUGGCAAGAGCUGUAGUUCAAGCAUACCGUCAAGCACUUGCAAAUGCUUCAAAAAAUGGUGUUGCCCAAGAAGCAGUGCAAAAUAUCAGGAGAACAGGCAAAAUUAUGGCUGAACCAGAAGCAAGGCAGAUUCUUGGAGUCACUGAGCAGUCAUCAUGGGAAGAGAUCAUGCAGAAAUAUGACAACUUGUUUGAGCAGAAUGCCAAAAAUGGGAGCUUUUACCUCCAGUCGAAGGUUCACAGAGCUAAAGAAUGCUUAGAAACAGUUUACCAACCGAAAACUCAGGGGACUACAGAUGCGUAACUGCUGGAGAUUGUGUGUUACUCCGCAAAUUCAUAUUCUUUAAGCCAUUUUUUAAUGUUGAGCUGGUCUGGUCAGCCAAAUUACCGUGUGUUUUGUCAAUUUUAAGUAGCAUAGUCUGAUAUGGAUUGGCCUAAUAUUCACUUUAAUGUACAAUAUAAUCUUAAAGUUUUGCAUGGCACCUCACCACUAUAAUUUGAGAACGAAAAUGAUUGCUAUAAACCAUUGACCUCUGGAA